CCUCUGCAGGUUCUCGUCAACGCCAUCAUCAACAGCGGCCCCCGCGAGGACUCCACCAGGAUCGGGCGGGCGGGCACCGUGAGGCGGCAGGCCGUGGACGUGUCUCCCCUUCGGAGGGUCAACCAGGCCAUCUGGCUCCUGUGCACGGGGGCCCGCGAGGCCGCCUUCCGCAACAUCAAGACCAUCGCCGAGUGCCUGGCCGACGAGCUCAUCAAUGCUGCCAAGGGCUCCUCCAACUCCUACGCCAUCAAGAAGAAGGACGAGCUGGAGCGUGUGGCCAAGUCAAACCGCUAAUCCUGGCAGUGCCAGCUACAAUAAAUGCCCCCUGCCCGCCCCCUGGGCGCAGGGCCCUCAA